AUGCCAACGGAUUCCGCUGAUCAGAGCAAGGCGUUUAACCAUGGAGCUCCACCGCCAGAACAAGAACAGUUGCCAUGUCCGCGUUGCGAUUCUACUAAUACCAAGUUUUGCUACUACAACAACUAUAACUUCUCUCAGCCGCGCCAUUUCUGCAAGUCCUGCCGUCGUUACUGGACUCAUGGCGGUACUCUACGUGACAUCCCUGUUGGAGGUGGCACCAGGAAACACGCUAAGCGUUCACGCACCGCAGUCUCCUCCCAUGUCGCUGCUACUACUACUACCACUACCGACGCGACUAGUCAUAAUAACUUCCCGUUACCUGCAACGCCAGUUUUGUUACCGAUCUCUGGUAAUCAAGGGAGUUUUGGUAUCGGUGGUGGGGAACCGAAGUGCAAUGGUGGUGGUGGCGGAAGUAUUACUUCGUUGUUGAAUACUCAAGGGCCUGCUUUUCUGGCUCUCGGUGGGUUUGGUCUUGGUAUUGCUCCGGCGCUAGAGGAUGUUGGGUUUGGACUUGGGAGAGGAAUGGGAGAUGUAGCGGCCGCGGUCGGUGGCAACUGUGGCGGGGCUGCUGCUGGUAUGAGAAUGGCGAACACGUGGCAGUUUGAAGGUGGAGAGACUGGGUUUGUUGGGGGUGGGGAUUGCGUUUCUUUUUUUGAUCUUGCUAUAUCAAAGUAG